AUGAGUGACUGGAGACGGAUCGACAUUGAUGCUUUUGACCCGGAAAGUGGGAGGUUGACUAAGGAGGAUUUGCAACCGCCAGCGGUAAAGCCAAUCACAUUACAAGAAUUGCAACCCAGAAUAGCCCAGCUUCGCUCCUGUGCCACCAGUGGGGAUUUCGUCAGAGGUGUCAAGUUAGCUACAAUUGAUCCACCUUACGGAUCAGAUAAUGACACCAAGUUGCAGUAUUUUCUAGCUGUUCUGGAGCUGUUAACACAGGUAAGACAAGCGGACAUUGCAGGUGUUGUGCAGCAGUUAGACCAGAGUCAACAGGAAGUUCUGAUCAAGUAUUUGUACAAGGGCAUGUCACUUGCAGAAGGCCAGAAACAGGGCGGUGUGUUAUUAUCUUGGUUCGAGAAGGUGACCCAGAAGUCUGGUGUUAACCCCAUCAGCCGGUUUCUAUCUGACAGGAGGACAAUUUGA